AUGGCUUUCGCAAGAUUCAUUGCCCAAAUAAUCAGGUUGAGAGCGCAUUUCCCUGAUUAUGCCAUAAAGAAAGUCAGGCUUGAUAAUGCUGGUGAAUUCACUUCAGCAGCCUUUAAUGACUUUUGUAUGUCUGUGGGAAUCGAUGUUGAACAUCCGGUUCCGCACGUUCAUACGCAAAAUGGCAUGGCUGAGUCAUUAAUAAAGCGGUUGCAGUUAAUUGCAAGACCGUUAAUCUUGAGAACAAAACUCCCAAUCACUGUAUGGGGACAUGCAAUAUUGCAUGCGGGAGCCUUGGUUCAAGUGAGACCAAGUGCUUAUAAUAAAUUUUCGCCCAUACAGUUGGCAUUUGGAAAUAUGCCAAAUAUAUCCCAUCUCCGGGUAUUCGGGUGUGCGGUCUAUAUCCCAAUAGCGCCACCACAGAGAUCAAAAAUGGGACCACAGAGGAGAUUGGGAAUAUAUGUCGGGUAUUCGUCCCCUAGUAUAAUAAGGUAUCUUGAACCGGCAACUGGUGAUAUGUUUACGGCACGAUUUGCCGAUAGCCACUUUGAUGAAAAUGAAUUCCCUGCGUUAGGGGGAGGGUCGAGAGAAUCACCAAAUGAUAUCACCUGGUGUACACACUCUUUGGCUUAUCUUGAUCCUCCUUCUAAUCAACGCGAGGUGGAAGUUCAGAAAAUUAUACAUAUGCAAAGAUUGGCUAACCAGUUGCCCGAUGCGUUCACAGAUACGAAAAGGGUGACGAAGUCCUAUAUCCCCGCUGCUAAUGCUCCAUCAAAAAUAGAAGUUCCUCAUGAACAUUUUGAUGUGAAUAGAGCAAGUGAACCGGUUCCUGAUGAACCGAAAUGUCUUGAAGACAUUUCCGAACAGGUUCUUGUAGAACCUGAUAAAGAGGUUCGUCAAGAUGACGAACCAGAGACAGAAAAAUUUGAGAUCUUCAUCUCCUUCGCCCAAAGUGGAAAAAUAUGGGCUAGAAGUGAAAUAGAUGAUGAUGAAAUGUUCUCUUUUUCUGUAGCUAAAGAGAUCGAUCAUGAAAAUGAUGAUCCAGAUCCAACUUCCGUGUCAGAGUGCCAAAAGAGGCCGGACUGGGAGAAAUGGCAAAUGGCCAUGAAGAAUGAAAUAUUCUCUCUCAAUAAACGGACUGUAUUCGGACCGAUAAUCAUUAUACCAAAAGAUGUAAUGCCGGUUGGAUACAAAUGGGUUUUUGUAAGAAAAAGAAAUGAGAAAAACGAAGUCACAAGAUAUAAAGCUCGUCUUGUGGCUCAAGGUUUUUCUCAAAGACCGGGGAUAGAUUAUGAAGAAACAUAUUCCCCGGUAAUGGAUGCAAUCACCUUCAGGUACUUAAUGAGCCUAACGGCUUCUAAUAAUUUAGAGAUGUACCUGAUGGAUGUUGUGACUGCAUACCUAUAUGGCUCACUUGAUAGUGAGAUAUAUAUGAAAAUUCCUGAGGGAUUUAAGAUCCCAGAAGGGUCAAAGAUGCCUGAAGCAUCUAAAGAGCUUUGUUCGGUCAAACUCCAGCGAUCACUUUAUGGAUUAAAACAAUCCGGCCGCAUGUGGUACAAUCGCUUAAGUGAAUACUUGUUGAGUAAAGGUUACGUCAACAAUGCGAUUUGUCUAUGCGUGUUCAUAAAGAAAUCCUUAACGGGUUUUGUGAUCAUUGUUGUGUAUGUUGAUGACCUGAACAUGAUUGGAACUCAAAAGGAAGAUUGA